CACCUAUCAGGGGAGGAAUCGGCGCUCGUGAUGCAAUCGCGAAAACAUGUCGCGAUCGCGUUGUCUCGCGUGCGCUGCUAGCUAUGCCGCUUGGUUCGAUUGCCGAUUGUAAAAAAUUCGUAACCUCGCGAAUCUCGGCGCUUGCUGUGAUACAUAACGUCGUUGACAGGUUGUCCCGCCCUGUAGUGCUAUUCUAGACCAGUGAUCGACGUUGAUCAAAGCCUUUAUUGGCCCCACCCGCGGUGCUGUGUGGGACAUUCGCACCGAGAAAAGAAAGACGUCCUCUCCCAGGUAAUCAAGAGCGUCGAUUCUUUCACGCGGACUUCACGUGCCCAAAAAUGGAGGACUACGAGUGGAAACCGCCGUCUGAAGCGGAGCUGAAGGUCCUCGAAGCUAGGCGAGAACGUAUGGACAAGAUCAGCGGCAUCAUGGGCGACUACCUUCUGAAGGGGUACAAGAUGCUCAGCGAAGUUUGCGAUGUGUGCAGCACCAUACUUUUGGAGGACCGGCAGCGCAACGCGUACUGCAUCGCCUGCUCAGAGGUGGACACCAUGGAGAACGCCAAGGACAACCCGGUUCUCUCGGAUGAUGCAGCACAGCGCCUUGUCGAGGAUCGCCAAGUAACCUCAGAGUUGACCGCCCUUUCCCAGAGCAUUUCAGAAGAUAUGCACCGCAACCAAGCACCGCAGCUCAUCCCACGCCGAGCCACAACAGUCAUCGCGAGCAGCGCCUCCGUUCCCAUGGCUCCUGCUACUGUCGUAAGCAUGUCGCCGUGCAUCUUGGCAUCGCGAGACCCAGGGAUGUGCGGAAGCCAGCAGCAAAUGGUGGAGAAUGCCUCGAUGGCUCCCGACUCGACACAGCGAGACCAGGAAGUCGUGGCAGCCAUGCAAGCCGUUCAGGGAAAGAUGGUCUGGGCUACACGGGAACUGAAAAUGUGUUCCAGCGUCGAGCUGUCUAUCCAGAUGUGCAACCUCAUCAAGACGUGUGCGGAGGCCAUCACGGCCUUGAAUGACGUGAGGUCUGCUGACGCAGGUUCGGACUGCUCUGCCAGGCAAAACAGGUGUGAAUGAAAAAAAGGAUUGCAAGAGAGUUUGGUUGUCUGAAUAAAUAUGCAUGGAAAUGUUUCUGUA